CAAACAACCAGAAUUUGGCGUUAAAAUAAAAUUGAAAAAGUCAGAACGCCAACCUUCUUUUUCUCCAAUUUCAUUGCAUUACAUCCACAUUUUACAGUUCUGGAACUCAUAAUGUUGGGGAUCUCCAAUCACGUGUCAAUCUUUCUAAGGGUUGAUUUCAAUCGAUUUUACACCAUUGCAACAAUUCCAUUAUAGUCUUCUGAUUUUGUAUAAACAAACCAGGGACCUUUGUUUAGGAAGCACUUGAUUGGUGAGGUGCUUUCCCGUUCACCUUCUGUUUGUUCCAUAGCAAACUUGGUUUAUUUAAUAGCACCCAUCUGAAAAAGUUUCCGAUUUUCGGUUCUUUUUCCAAGAAGAAAAAGUCAUGGCAUUCACAGGAACUUUGGACAAAUGCAAGGCUUGCGAUAAGACUGUUUAUGUGGUGGAUAUGUUAUCCCUGGAAGGAACACCUUACCAUAAAUCCUGCUUCAAAUGCAGCCAUUGCAAAGGAACUCUUGUGAUGAGCAACUACUCCUCCAUGGAUGGGGUCCUCUACUGCAAGCCUCAUUUCGAGCAACUUUUUAAGGAAUCUGGCAAUUUCAGCAAGAAUUUUCAAACUGGAAAGUCAGAGAGGCAAAAUGAGCUGUCUAGGACGCCCAGCAAAGUCUCUUCAAUGUUUUCUGGAACCCAGGACAAAUGUGCAGCCUGCGACAAAACAGUGUACCCCCUUGAGAAGGUGACAAUGGAGGGUGAAUGUUACCACAAGACUUGUUUCAGGUGUGCCCGUGGUGGCUGUCCUCUCACACACUCAUCUUAUGCAGCUCUUGAUGGAGUUCUCUACUGCAAGCAUCACUUCAAUCAGCUUUUCUUGGAGAAAGGCAAUUAUAGCCAUGUUCUCAAGGCUGCUAACCAUAAGAGAAAUGCUUCCGCUUCUUCUGAACCUGAAGCAGCUGAGACUAAACCAGAUGAUGAACCUGCUCGUGAAGAUGACCAGUCACAGGAUCAGACUUCAUAAAUCACUAUUUAUACAUCUCAUAAGCAAUUUUAUUUUUCCUGGAGGAAGAGGAAGAGGAAGACCUCAAGACCUCCUUACCAUCUUCCAACUAUUCUUUCAUUGUUGAAAAAUUUGUUUUGAAUUUUCUAAUUUAUGUUAUUGUUAUCAAUUCAUGUAAUGCACUACAGUUGUCGAGAAAGCGUUUCUUCUGUUAAAACUUAACAGAUGCACAUACAUAUAUAUAUUAUAUUCUUUUUUCU